GACAGUGGACCAAACACGCCGGGAGCGAGAACUGGCGACUCAGUACACAAGGUUUCAGUAUCCCCGGGCGCCUUAACAAAAGCAGCCCUCGAGUUAGGAAGAGGAUUUCCUCGGUGGCCUUUCCUGGGUGCGGACCCCGCGCCUUCAGCACAGCGGUCGCUAGGGCAGAGGGGCUCAGGAGACCCGCGGGAAGGGGCCGCUAGCCUCCUGAUUGACAGACCGAAAUCUGAUCUUGUGAAAGAGACGUGGAGCCAAUGGGAGGCAGCGAUCCAUCAGUUUGGAUUGGAGGCCCCUGGAGGAGAAGUAGAGGAAAAACCACCGAAUUGAGCUCUGUCAGUGGCGCUUUCGGCUUCCAAGGGGAAGCGCUGGGCAAUAAUUAAUGUUUUUUUUUUUUUUUAUUAAAUUUGGAGGGAAUUUUUUGCAGCCGUUCCUUAGCGUGGCCUUCAGUCCCGUUAGGUGCAAAGCAAGUCUCGUUGAUCGCCAUUGCUAGGUUUGCACACGUUUGAGAAUCAGAGCUGCCCGGGGUGCACCGACCGCGCCGGGGAACAUCGGGAGUGUAAAUAAAUCAUCGCCUCUUGCUACUACCGAAAAUAUGUAAAUUGUGAACUCUCUUGGCUCUCUUUGGAUCCAGGUUGAUAGAAGUCCAGAUCCCGAGGAAAUCUCCACCUAAAUGCUCAAAAUAUAAAAUACUGAGCUAAUAUUUGCGAGGAGCAGCAGCAUGGAUGGAUUUUAUGACCAGCAAGUGCCUUACGCGGUCACCAAUAGUCAGCGUGGGAGAAAUUGUAACGAGAAACCAACAAAUGUCAGGAAAAGAAAAUUCAUUAACAGAGAUCUGGCUCAUGAUUCAGAAGAACUCUUUCAAGAUCUAAGUCAGUUACAAGAAACAUGGCUUGCAGAAGCUCAGGUACCGGACAAUGAUGAGCAGUUUGUGCCAGACUAUCAGGCCGAAAGUUUGGCUUUUCAUGGCCUGCCACUGAAAAUCAAGAAAGAACCCCACAGCCCGUGUUCUGAACUUGGCUCUGCCUGCAGUCAAGAGCAACCCUUUAAAUUCAGCUAUGGAGAAAAGUGCCUGUACAAUGUCAGUGCCUAUGAUCAGAAGCCACAAGUGGGAAUGAGGCCCUCCAACCCCCCAACACCAUCCAGUACUCCAGUGUCCCCACUACAUCAUGCAUCUCCAAACUCAACUCACACUCCGAAACCUGACCGGGCCUUCCCAGCUCACCUCCCUCCUUCGCAGUCCAUACCAGAAAGCAGCUACCCUAUGGACCACAGAUUUCGCCGCCAGCUUUCAGAACCCUGUAAUUCCUUUCCUCCUUUGCCAACAAUGCCAAGGGAAGGCCGUCCUAUGUACCAACGCCAGAUGUCUGAGCCAAACAUCCCCUUCCCACCACAAGGUUUUAAGCAGGAGUACCACGACCCAGUAUAUGAACAUAACACCAUGGUUGGGGGUGCGGCCAGCCAAAGCUUCCCCCCUCCUUUGAUGAUCAAACAGGAACCCAGAGAUUUUGCAUAUGAUUCAGAAGUGCCUAGUUGCCACACCAUUUACAUGAGGCAAGAAGGGUUCCUGACACAUCCAAGCAGAACGGAAGGCUGUAUGUUUGAAAAGGGCCCGAGGCAGUUCUAUGAUGACACAUGUGUAGUUCCUGAGAAGUUCGAUGGGGACAUCAAACAGGAGCCAGGGAUGUACCGGGAAGGACCUACAUACCAGCGGCGGGGAUCGCUUCAGCUCUGGCAGUUUUUGGUGGCUCUUCUGGAUGACCCUUCAAAUUCUCAUUUCAUUGCCUGGACCGGUAGAGGCAUGGAAUUUAAACUGAUUGAGCCUGAAGAGGUGGCCCGACGUUGGGGCAUUCAGAAAAACAGACCAGCUAUGAACUAUGAUAAGCUUAGUCGCUCCCUCCGCUAUUACUACGAGAAGGGAAUCAUGCAAAAGGUGGCUGGAGAGAGAUAUGUCUACAAAUUUGUGUGUGAUCCUGAAGCCCUUUUCUCCAUGGCCUUUCCGGAUAAUCAGCGCCCGCUGCUGAAGACAGACAUGGAACGCCACAUCAACGAAGAAGAUACAGUGCCUCUGUCUCACUUUGACGAGAGCAUGGCCUACAUGCCAGAGGGGGGCUGCUGCAACCCUCACCCCUACAACGAAGGCUACGUGUACUAACAUGAGUGACAGUCAAGAGGGGCACCCUGUGCUUUGCCUCUUUCCGAAAGAUACAGAGAAUCACAGGAUUCUCUUCAAUCUUUGUUUUAUUUUUGUUGUUUGUAUUUUAUUUUUAAAUAAUAAUACAAAAGGGGCUUUUCCUGUUGCAUUAUUCUAUGGUCUGCCAUGGACUGCGCACUUUAUUUGAGGGCGGGGCGGGGGGGGCGGUGAGUAAUCUAAACAUUUAUUCUGUGUAACAGGAAGAUGAUGGGUGAAUGGGCAGAGGGAACCGGGGAUUACUUUUUACUUAGACUUGGGAUGGGGUCCUUCCUACAGGCUUUCUGUCUGAUGAAGCUAGAUCAUAUCUGUUCGAUUUCAUAAUAACAUAAGAUAAUGUUCAUUUUCUCUGGGUAUCUAUGGUACACUUAAGUUCAUGUUGUAUAAAUAUACACUUGGAGACCAUUUGCCUUGGGCAUUUCCCCGUUAUUACUGAGUCUCCGCAGGUGUACAAAAAAUAUCUACUGUAAAUGGCAGUUUAAUGUUAGAAAUGACUGUUUUUGCACCUCUUGUAAAAAAAAGUAUUUAGCGAUUGCAUUUGGUGUUCUUUUUGUUCUGUUUUGCUUUAUAUAUGACUCACAGAGGAGAACCAUAAAUGUGGGCAAUUCUCUCUGAAGUUGUCAUCACCAUGACUAUAAAUGAGGGGCACAAUUUUGGACUCUGGCUCCAAACUGAGUCACAGGUCAGUAGCGUUACAUGUAUCGGGCGCCACCUUGCUGUUUAGGUACAAAUCAUAUCGUGUUUCAAAUAUUUUGAUGCCCAUUUCAGUUAAAUAAUGACAGGUCAUGGUCCUUUGGAAUCUUCAUUUAGAUGCUAAAUCUUGGAUCACCUUGAAGCAAAAAAAGAAAAAAAAAUUCUCCUUUCACUACCUUCAGUACAUAAAUACAUUAUUUAAUCAAUAAGAAUUAACUGUACUAAAUCUCAUAUAAUGCUGUUCUAGUUACAGCAAACACUCUUUAAGAAAAAUAUCCACUACACUAAAUAGGUACACUAGUAAUUUUUAGACAUGGUACCCAUUGAUAUGCAUUUAAAUGUUUUACUGCUGUGUUAUGUUGAUAACAUAUAUAAAUAUUAGAUAAUGCUAAUGCUUCUGCUGCUGUCUUUUCUGUAAUAUUCUCUUUCAUGCUGAAUUUACUAUGACCAUUUAUAAGCAAAGCAGUUAACUACAGAUAGCAUUUCAGGACAAAAUAGAUGACUCAAACCAUUUAUUGCUUCAAGAAAUAGCUUACGCCAUGCUAUGCUAUAAGCAGCUUUUAUGCACAUUGACAAAUGAAGUAAGCUUUAGCUUGCUAAGGGAAACUGUGGAAACUUUUGUAACUUUUGGUGAGAUGGAACGUUAUUUAUGAACUGUUAAGUUGUAGGAAGUUGCUGUGUGACAGUUCUGGCACUGAGGUUCUCCACCGGCUCAUUCUGGGCACUCCUGGAAAUGUGAUCACAUUGUCUAAGACAUUUAGACAUAAGACAUAAAGAUUGGAAGUUUCAAAGUUUUGAGUUUUUUUUUUUUAUUUUGCAUUUUAAAAAAACAUUGAAAGUGGGCCAUGUUGUUCCAUUCAUUCUAAAAAACCUUAAGUAAAUGACUAAAGUAUCUCUAAAUAGCUUCUUAUAAGAUUCCAGCAAAGAAAACGAAUUUUGUUCAGUCCAUUAAUAUGCUAGAGGAACAACUUUUUAAAGCUUCUAUAGCAAAAUAUUUUUUUAAAAAUCCUGAGCCAUGAAGCCAAAACAAGCCUGUGAAAGCAUUUCAUGAGCACAGCACAGCAGAGACUGUGCAGCAAAGAAGCUCCCGCAGCAGUCAUCUCCCAACACUACAUCGUGAGAGCUGUUUCUUAAAAGGGAGCAGUCGCUUAUGAAUCCACAUGCAAACCAAGACUUCAUAUUCUGUCAGAAACUUUCUAACUUCUACAUAUGUAUAUAACCUGCGACUUCAAUGACUGUUCUACAUAUGUAUCAUAUAUCAUUGGACCCUUAAUGGGCCAAAUAAAAUGCCUUAAGAAAUCAGGACAUCCCCCAUGCUAGCGUGGUCACAUACAGCACUUAGAAUGAAAACAGAUUUUAAAAUAAUCAGUGGAAUUUUUAUUGAAAAUAGAACUGGCAUAUGUGAUUGGGAUAUUUGGUAAAAUUGAAGGAAAAUUUUAAGUGAGUUUUUCAAGUACGUUCUAAAUGCAAAUUGUAUUGAGGAUUUCGUUUCUCUUUUCCAUUAUUUCUUUUUCUUUGGCAUUUUCCCCCUUUUAAUAUUCUUGUUCUAGUCAGUGAAGAACUGGGCCAUGAGUUAUUUUAAAGGAUCAAGGAAGAUAUUGAUUGAUUGAAGGUACAAUCUCUAAGGACAAACUAUGUAUUUGUUGUUUAAGGUGAAAGUCAUUAGCCACUAUUAAGUAUAUUUCUAACACAGAGGAUUUCAAAAUAUUGCAUUAUAAGCUUUUGCGAAAUGGCAUUUUUUUUAAGUUUUGUUUUUCUAUUUUUUUCUUGUGUUUUCUAUGGUGUUUUUUUCAGGUAGAUUAAUAAAUCUGGCAGCUGAUUUCUGCAAGAUUCUUGUGUUUGAAUUUCUAACUGAACUGGCUAUCAAACAUAGAAAUUAGUGAAAUAAUGUUUUCCUUCGACUUGGUAAAAGAAAACUAAAACUUAAAAAUAACUUGCCAAUGACACGGUUAUCCAACAGAUUAAUGACAUCAGGAAAUAAUACUUUCCAAGUAACUUGUGAGAAGUGAUUUUCUUAAGAGCUGCUUCGAAAUCAAAACGCACAAAACUGAGUAUGCUGAGCAUUUGCUCAAGUCACAGAAAGAGCUUGGUCUUGCUUCCUGUAGAUCUUAUAACAAAUCAUGCAGACUUUAAUAAGUUAACACAAACUUACCUUAUCAUUUUGGAGGUCAGAAGUCCAAAGUGAGCCUUAAAGGGCUAAAACCAGGAGAUUUGUAAAGGCUGCUUUUUUCUGGAGGUUGAGGAACAGCCCUUACUCCCAGUUCUAGAGGAUAUGUGUUCUUUGGCUCCUAAUUACAACACUUCAAUGUCUGCAUGCUUGAUUGCAUUCCUUUUUCUCAACUGUCACAUCAUCUGGCCUCCUGCAUAAACUCUUGUGAUUCUGUUUAGAAUUUACCCAGAAAACCCAGGUUGGUCUUUCCAUGUCGGCCUCUUUAAUUCUAGGCCAAGUCCCUUUUGCCAGAUAAACAGAUCCUAAGAUCUUGGGAUUCUGAUGUGUUAUGGGGCAAGGCUUGGGAAAGCUGUUAAUUCAGGAUUAUUCAGCUUCCCACACAGAUAAAGACCCCCAUGGAGAUAAAGAUCCCACAGAGCAACAAAUGCUAAUUUAUUUAUUCAUGGACAAAAGUUCUUUGGAGGUAGCUAAGAUUAGAAUGCACUAAGGAAUAUUUUCAUUUACCAUUUGAAUUAUCUCCCUGUAUUCUGGUCUGUAUCAGUAGCUUUGAAAAUCUCUGUAUUAAGAAUUAAAAAAUCUAUUCACCUAUUCUACUAGUAAGUCAUCUAGUCCAUCAAAUCAAGCCUUUAUAUUAUUUAAAUAUCCCCUUCCCUGUAAGCACCAUGCAAUGAAAGAAAGAAGCUGUGAUAACAGCAAUAGCACAAUUGAAUUUGAUGCCCAUGCCAGAUUAUAUUUUUUUAAUGAAUUUCUUUUAGUGUCAAUAAUGAGUUGAUACCUUGUGACCUUAGCAUCUGCAAAUAAUUACUGCUUAUCCAGUAAGAACAAUAUAUAGAAUACAUCUUUUGUUAAUUAAAGGAACAACUGUAAAAGUGAGUCAACUUCUCUUUAUAUGACAACGAAGGCUAUUUCUUGGCCGAUGUUGCAGUAUUUAAACACAUUAUAGAGCUUCUAAAAUGAACCAUGUUGUCAGUUGUGCAACCCUUUCAAAGAUAAUGAUGAAACAUUACAGAAAAACCACUUGAAUGUCUUAUUACUUGUAAUCUUAAAAAAAUUUAAAGAUAAGAAAGGAGUAAGCUAUUUUCCAGAUGCAGUUUGGUAUGGAGAAGAAAAAUUAUUAAAAAGUAUACAAAGUGGGCAAAAUAAUGGAAGGAAGAAAUUUAAAGAAAAAGAUAAACAUAUUGAACAAUUCUGACAAAAAAAUGCAUAAAAUCCAAGUUUCUAAAAGGUUUUUGUGUUCAAUAUAACACAAAAGACUCUAACCCUUAGUACACUAGGAGGAGGAAGAGACCACGAGACUGGUUGCUGGGUUCUUCUGAGGACUGAUCAAAUGGAGGGAGAAUUGUUCUACGUUUAGGGCUUGAUUUAAAAGAAAUGUGACACUGACUUAGAUAUGAAAAAAAGAGUUUAUGGAAAAGUAUAGUUUCAAAAGAGAAUUUGACUAUACAGUGGGUGCCUUUAUAGAAAUAUUGGUGACUUUGGAAUGCUCAAUUAAAAAAUGUAUAUAUAAUAGCUUUGGCUUACAAAUUCAUAUAUGAGGUAGAUUUUCUUUUUGCACAUAAACUCCAAUAUUAUUUAGUUCCAUUCAAAACUUAUCUUUCUAUGGGGAAGAUUUUUUUUAAUUCACUUGGUUGUAUUAAGAUCAUAUUUAUUGUUUGAGAAAACGUGCUUUGAAAAUAAUGUGCUAAUAGCAAAUUAAAUAUACUCAAAAUUUAAAUAUAAAAUAAAAGCCCAGAAAUUGAAAAUGUUGGAUUUUUGUGAUCACUUGGAAUGGUGGCACAUCCAAAUCUUAUAAAUGUCAUCUCAGUUGUUGAUUGCCUUCUAAUUAGCUUAUUAAUUUUACUAAUUUAUGACCAAGCUCUGUAAUAACUGUUUGCUAGUUCUGCCAUUUCUUCCAUUCAUUUUCUAAAUAACAUAGAGACAUGGAACUUGAUACACUUUUUCUAGUUCUAUGUUGCAAUUUCUUUAGAUGUUAUAUUUCACUUAAUCUCCUCAAUAAAUCUAUCAGGAAGACUAUUUGGAAAACAGCAUAGAUACAUGACUUGCAUUACUGCCUUUAAUGUGUCUUGAUUUGUCUAAUAAGUUGAAAAAGUAUGGAAUGUUUAUUUCAGAAUGCCAGGGAAUCACAGGCAAAUUAAUAACUUGGACCUAGCUAUAUUCUUGAUUUAACUUCUCAUGACAAGAAUGUCUGUUACAAUUACAUUUUGAGGAAACAGUGUUAUUGCUUGAUUGAUUAAUUGCCUGACCUUACUAUUUGAAUAUUCCUUGUAGAAAGAACUAAAAGGCUAGCGCCCUUUAAACAGCAUAAACAAAUGAAAAUGA